AGGGCAACGACAACACCAAACGGAACCCCAAAUAUACAGUCAAGAUGCCUCAAGCUCAGCCAGAGCUCAAGAAGUACCUCGAUAAAAGGCUCUUUGUGCAGCUGAACGGAAGCCGGAAGGUUAUUGGUGUUCUGCGAGGUUACGAUGUCUUCUUGAACAUUGUGCUGGAUGACGCAGUUGAGGAGAAGGACGGCGGUGAGAAGGUCAGAUUAGGGAUGGUGGUCAUUCGAGGCAAUUCCGUUGUUAUGCUCGAGGCGUUGGAAAGAAUAGGAGGCGGCAGAGAUGAGAGAUGAGACACAAAUGCUCUACGUCGAAGCAGUUAAGGUACCUGGAAAGACUAUGCAGGGAAAAGUUACAUGGCGUUUGCGAGGCUUUAUAAAAUACCACUUUAACGUAUGGAAGGGCAAUGGAUGAUCUGCCAGAAGGACUAUAAUUACUUCAACUGCUCCCAAUACUUUUCCUCGAACCCUUCCAUCAUUGAUCCUCCAAAAUCCUUCACCCAUUUCUUAAUACCACCCUCGAGCACCAAGACCUUCAGAUCAGUUUUCCGUCCGAACUUUGCAAUGUCAUCUAUGUAAUCCUGCAUCCAGCUAGCACAGCGUGGUCCACGUCCUGAAGAGGAGCCUAAUUUGAUUCAACUUAGUUCUUUAGUACUCUGUACUAA